AUGUUUCCUCUCCAUCUUAGACACACCUUUCCUAUCGUCCAUUCAAGUCCUCCCCACCUUAACCGGCGGGGCACAUCCGCUAUUCACGUGGGCCGUCCGGCAGUGUUAGGGGGCUGCCGACGAGGAGGCUUCGAUAACGUGGCAGACAAGCGGGUGUAUUUCUUCGGUGACGGCAAGGCCGACGGCCGUCGGGGCGACAAAAAGCUCCUCGGCGGAAAAGGCGCAAAUCUCGCGGAGAUGACGAGCUUAGGGCUGCCGGUUCCGCCUGGUUUCACCAUCAACACGCAGGUUUGCCACACGUUUUUUGAGCACGGCGGCCCCCCGACCGGUCUCGAGGACGAAAUGCGCGGCUCGCUCGACCGCGUCGAGGGCGUGGUUGGCGCCAAAUUCGGAGAUCCAUCGAACCCGCUUCUCGUAUCCGUACGUUCCGGCGCCGCGAUCUCGAUGCCCGGAAUGAUGGACACCAUCCUCAAUCUUGGCCUGACGGACGCCGUCGUCGAGGGGCUCGCCAAGCGCACCGGCGACGCGCGUUUUGCUUACGAUUCCUACCGCCGACUCAUCGCUAUGUAUGGGGACGUCGUGCUCGGGAUGAAGCCCGAGUCGAACCACGCCCCGAAUCCGUUCGAGGUGGCGCUCUCCACCAAGAAGCGUGAACGCGAUAUCGAACUCGACAGCGAUCUCGAUGCGGAUGCGCUCCGUGAACUCGUCGCCGAGUACCAAAAGCUAAUCGAAGACCUCACGAAUCAGCGCUUCCCACAGGAUCCUUGGGCGCAGCUCCUCGGCGCCGCAUCGGCGGUGUUCCGAUCGUGGAACAACCCGCGCGCGAAGGCGUACCGGGAGUACAACGAUAUCCCCGCGUCACUCGGCACCGCCGUCACCGUUCAAGCGAUGGUGUUCGGCAACAUGGGAAAGGACUGCGCGACCGGCGUCGCAUUCACGCGCGACCCCAACUCCGGCGAAAAGCGCUUCUUCGGCGAGUUCUUGGUGAACGCGCAGGGCGAGGACGUCGUGGCCGGAACGCGGACGCCCCAAUCGAUCAACGCGACGGGCGGCGCCGAUGCGUCGACCACGCUCGAGCAUCUGAUGCCGGCUGCAUACCGCGAGCUGGAUGACGUUCGAAAGAAACUCGAAGCCCACUACCGGGACAUGCAGGACAUCGAGUUUACGAUUCAACAGAAGAAGCUCUUCCUGCUCCAGACUCGAAACGGAAAACGGACUGCGACGGCGGCCGUACAGAUCGCGGUCGACAUGGUCAAAGAGGGCAUGAUCGACAAGCGCGAAGCCAUCAUGCGCAUUACGCCGGCGCACGUGGAUCAGCUCCUUCAUCCGAUGCUCGAUCCGGGCGCGACGCGUCAGGUCGCGGCCAAGGGACUCCCGGCUUCACCCGGCGCGGCUACCGGUCGUGUGGUGUUCUCUUCGGAAGAAGCCGAAGAGCGAGGCAAGCGCGACGAGCGCGUGAUCCUGGUUCGCGUCGAAACCUCACCCGAGGACGUCGCCGGUAUGCAGCACGCGACCGGCAUUCUUACGUCGCGCGGCGGAAUGACCUCGCACGCGGCCGUGGUUGCACGUGGGAUGGGACGUCCGUGUGUCGUUGGCUGCGGUGAGAUCGUGAUCGACUACCAAAAGGAGUGGAUCAUCGCGCGCGGUCAAAAGAUCAAAGCCGAUGACCUCGUGACGAUCGACGGUUCGACCGGUGAGCUGAUGCUCGGUGAGGUGGCGACGGUUCAAGCCGGCGUGACCGCCGAGUUCGAUGAACUGAUGCGCUGGGUCGACGACGUUCGGCGCCUCAAGGUUCGAACCAACGCCGACACGCCCGACGACGCUCGGACCGCCCGCCAAUUCGGUGCUGAAGGGAUCGGCCUUUGCCGUACCGAGCACAUGUUCUUCGAAGCCGGACGCAUCAACGCGGUCCGCGAGAUGAUCCUCGCGGACGGUGAGUCGGGUCGACGAAAUGCGCUCGCCAAGAUCGCGCCGAUGCAGCGCGCAGACUUCGUUGGCAUCUUCGAAGCGAUGGAGGGCCUGCCGGUGACGAUCCGCCUGUUGGAUCCGCCGCUGCAUGAGUUCCUCCCGCACGACGAUGCGGAUAUCGAAGCCGUCGCCGCGGCGAUUGGUCGAGAUGCCGAUGCGGUUCGCGCCAAGAAUGCGCAGCUCGCGGAGUUUAAUCCGAUGCUCGGUUUGCGCGGGUGUCGUUUGGGGCUCAAGCACCCCGAGAUUUACGAGAUGCAGGUCCGUGCGGUUCUUGAAGCGGCCAUCGAGGUCGAGCGAACCGGCAAGCACGUGCUUCCGGAGAUCAUGAUCCCGCUCGUGUCUGCGCCGACCGAGUUGGCCGCGCUACGUGAUCGCGUGCAAGCGGUGGCGAAACGCGUCUUCGAAGAGCAGGGUCGCAAGGUCGACUAUCAGAUCGGAACGAUGAUCGAGAUUCCGCGCGCCGCUUUGCUUGCGGAUCGCGUGGCCGAACACGCCGACUUCUUCUCCUUUGGAACGAACGACCUCACGCAAAUGACUUUUGGCCUUUCACGUGACGACAGCGCGCGCUUCCUUCCGGGAUACGUCGAAGAUCAGAUCUUGCCGCAUGAACCGUUCGAAGUGCUCGACGUCGAUGGCGUCGGAUUGCUCAUCAAGAUUGCCGUAGAGAAGGGCCGUCAAACGAAGCCUCGUUUGAAGCUCGGCAUAUGCGGCGAGCACGGUGGUGAACCGCGUUCCGUCGGAUUCUGUCAUCGCAUUGGGCUCGACUACGUCUCUUGCUCGCCGUACCGCGUUCCGAUUGCGCGUCUCGCAGCGGCGCAGGAAACCAUCCGCGAGAAGGAGAACGGUUGA